GCCGUUCGCUGGGUUUUCGCCUUCGUUAGAUCUCUUCCUGUGCGUUUGUGCUACCUAGCUGCCGUGAACGUAAAUCGCAAUGGCCACCGAGACGUUGGUCGGCGACGUGGACUUCGAGGGCGACGUCAUCACCACCACCAUCACGUCCUCCGGCGCUGCCGUGGCCGCCUGGCUCCGCAAGAUCCGCUACGUCUACCGCUGGGUCUACCACAAGCUCAUCGUGGGGCUGGACGUGGAGUGGCGCCCCAGCUACAGCCACGCGCAGAACCCCGUCGCGCUCCUGCAGCUCUGCGUCGGCCGCCGCUGCCUCAUCUUCCAGCUACUCCACGCCGACUACUUCCCACAGGCACUCGUCACCUUCCUCGCCGACCCGGACUUCCGCUUCGUCGGCGUCGGCGUGCAGGACGACGCCAACCGCCUCAGCAACGACCACGGUCUCGGGGUCGCCAACACCGUCGACCUGCGCCACCUCGCGGCCGACGAGAUGGGCAGGCCGUGGCUCCGCCAGGCCGGGCUCAGGGACGUCGCGGACGCCGUCAUGGGGGCCAGCGUCGACAAGCCGCACAGCAUCACGAUGGGACCGUGGGACGCCUACCGCCUCUCCGACGAGCAGAUCAAGUACGCCUGCAUCGACGCGUUCGUCUGCUUCGAGGUCGGCCGGAAGCUCCUCACCGGCGACUACUGAGAUGCAUGCACGAUCCACGGCCGUCUUCGGCUGUCCUGCAAUACCUACGUGUACUAGCUCUUAAGUACUAGUGCGUUUAGAUUGCUUAAUUAUUAGGAGUUUUAUCGAUCUGUAAUGAAGAAUCAGCAAGACAUUGGUGAUGAUGAGUUGUCGAAGACUUUUCUUAUAAAGAGUUGAUGGCCAUGGCGACUCCCUUCUGCCAGAUA